AUGAAAGCCCCAUACAAGUCUAGUAGAUAUCGCCCCCGUCGACACGAUAACCAGGUUUUUGUUGAGCAUUAUUAUCGAGUAGAUAUAUUUAUCACCACCACAUUGGAUAAGCAAUUGCAUGAGUUGAACAAUAGAUUCAAUGAUCAUGCAAUGGAGCUGUUAACUCUUGGUUCUUCAUUGGUGUUCAAAAAAAGUUCCAAAGUGCUCGAUAUUGAUAAGAUUUGUUAUCUAGUUAAAAAAAAAUACUACCUUAUAGAUUUUACAGAGCAAGAGAGAAUGCAUUUGGGAUAUCAAUUGGAUCUUUUCAGCAUUAAUGUGCCAAAGAACCUGUUGUCAAGUGCUGAUUCUACUUUGGCUGAAUUAUGCAGAUGUCUUGUGGAAACUGAAAAGUGCGAGGAGUUUCAUUUUGUGGAUAGAUUGAUUCGACUCAUCCUGACACAUCCGGUUUCAACUGCUACAACUGAGAGAGCAUUUUCAGCAAUGAAAAUAUGCAAGAAUCGACUUCGCAACAAAAUGUCAGAUUAUUUUCUUGCAUCCAACUUGGUGGUUUACAUCGAAAAAGAAAUCGCGGACAAGUUUAAUUCUGAAUUUAUCAGUGAUGAAUUUAAAAAACUAAAGGGCCGCAAAGCUAAAUUAUUAUAA